GGACGUAAAGACUCGGAAUCAACUCACCUUAUCCCUCCCCAGUAGAAAGCCCACAAAGUUGAACAUACAUUGCAAACUUAAGAACAACAAAUGUCGAUUGCGGCAGCAAUGAUAAGCUCUCGGCUCCUCUCCUUUCGAGUAUACUGCUCUGAUUCAAACCCCAGACGUGGUUUUGGUGCCCAAAAGGGCAAGCAAAAGGCAAACAAAGUCACCACAUCGAGGGAGAAGGAUACGCUGUCCCAACAAAGGAAAUCAACUACUCAAGGAUCUGAUCCCUUACCUACUCAGGCACCUGGUUUGAGGGUUCAAUUUGAUGGGAAGUCCAACACUAAAUCCUUGGACAGUGACUUUGAAGAACGGCUACAAGCAAUUAAAAGGGCAGCACUGGAGCAGAAAAAAGCAGAGGAAAACAAAGAAUUCGGACCAAUUGACUAUGAUGCACCAGUUGAAUCAGAGAAGAAUACAAUUGGCAUUGGAACUAAGAUUGGAGUAGGAGUAGCUGUUGUUGUUUUUGGUUUGGUUUUUGCUCUUGGAGACUUUCUUCCCUCUGGAAGUAUAAAUUCAACUGAGGAAGCUGCAGUGGUAGACAAGAGACUAUCACAAGAAGAGAAAUCUGCUCUUCAGACUAGGCUGAGGCAAUUUGAGGAAACACUUAGCAGCUCUCCAAAAGAUCCAACUGCACUAGAAGGAUACAAGUGGAUGACUAUCAAUUUGGAAUUCAUUCAAGAGGUAUUGCAGGGAGCAGCAGUUACCUUGGUGGAAUUAGGAGACUAUUCCCGGGCAAACUCUCUGCUUCAGGACUUGGCAAAGAUCAAGACAAGUGAUCCUGAUGUUUUCCGUUUGCUUGGAGAAGUGAAAUAUGAACUCAAGGAUUAUGAUGGAAGUGUUGCUGCCUAUAAAAUUUCUACAAUGGUGUCCACAGAUAUCAAUUUUGAGGUUUUGCGUGGUCUUACAAAUGCAUUCCUUGCUGCUAAGAAGCCAGAGGAGGCCGUUCAAUACCUUCUUUCCAUACAUGAGCGUCUGAAUAAGGAAAGAUCUAGUAUUUCUGAUCUCAAGCCUGACAGCAAUGCAGUGAAAACAGAAUCAGAGAAUUUGGAUCCUGUUCAGGUGGAUUUGCUGCUUGGGAAAGCCUAUUCAGAUUGGGGCCAUGUUAGUGAUGCUGUAGCUGUUUAUGAUGGGCUCAUUGCUAGCCACCCAAAUGAUUUCCGUGGUUAUUUGGCAAAGGGCAUCAUUUUAAAAGAAAAUGGUAAUGUUGGAGAUGCAGCGAGAAUGUUUAUCCAGGUGAGUAUACACUGUCAAGUUUGAUUUCUCAUUUUUGGCACACAUCUAUUUUGGUUAUACACUAGUGUCUCCAUUCAGGGCAUGUUUGGUUGAACUUAAAAGCAAGUUUGCUUUUGAGAAAAAUGUUCUCUCCAGAAUAUGAGAAGUUGUUGAAGGGAAAUUUGAAUUAGCUUUCUAAGGUGACUUAUAAGCAAGUUUAGUGGAAGCUAAGUUUGCUUUGGGAUGCCCUUAUUUCUUCUGCCUUAGGAUUAUAAUUCACAAAGUAUCUUGCUGACACAUGAGAAUAAGUAGUUUGUUUUCAAAUAUCUUUACAUUGCUGAGCAUAAAGUCUUGUUGCUUGCAGGCACGAUUUUUUGCACCAGAAAAAGCCAAAGCACUUGUAGAUCGAUAUUCAAGAUAAUAUAGACAGGGAGUUUCAAGAAGUUGGUGGGGAUGAAGAAGCACACGCAGCAUGAUCCAACAAAGACAGGGAGCAAGCCAGAAGGAACUCUCCAGCUCUCCUCUUCCAUAUUCAGCCCCUGCUGAAGGGCUCUUUGAGAUGGAUGAAUUGUCUGCUGUCCCUGCUUGCCAUCCUUUCAUCCAAAAGUAUAUAACAUGGCUUCACGUCAGUCAGUCUGUAUGAUAAUGAAAAGACUUGCGUAUAUGUAUUUGUCAAUAUAUUAUCCUUUUACUUCAAAGUUUGGUUUAUUAACUAUAUUCUGUUAACUAUAUUUAACACCAUAGCUGCAGCUAAAAAUAGUCAUUCAAUCCGUUAAUUACUGAGGAUAUUCACAUUUCUGUUGCUUGCUUUUAUUGUAUACAUGGAAUCAUUCCUAAAACAAAUAAUUUCUUUCUGU